AUGAAGCUCUCCUUGACUUCUGCUGCCCUUGUGCAGUUGCUGUUUGGUAUUACGCAGCCCGUCCUUGCGGCUCCGAGCCAGAGCACUAUCCCGAAGCUGGGCGCCGUCGCCUCAGAGUCCGGUAUCUGCAGUAAGAUCGGCAUCGAUAUCCUCAAGGAGGGUGGCAAUGCUGCCGACGCGACAGUGGGCACCGUCCUUUGCGUCGGUGUCGUGGGCAUGUACCAUAGCGGUAUCGGUGGUGGUGGCUUCAUGCUCGUCAGGUCGAGCAACGGAACCUAUGAGUUCAUCGACUUCAGAGAGACUGCCCCGGCUGCUGCGUUCGAGACCAUGUACUCGAACAACACGGCUGCCAGCUUGUAUGGGGGCCUGGCCAGCGGCGUCCCUGGUGAACUGCGUGGUUUGGAGCAUCUGCAUAAGAAGUACGGCAAGCUACCCUGGGCAAAGGUGGUCGCGCCAGCGGUUAAGGUGGCACGCUACGGCUUCCGUGUCACGGAGGAUUUGGUCAGAUACAUGAACAGCGUCACCCCAAACGGCAACUUCUUGACGGAAAACCCAACUUGGGCCAUUGACUUCGCGCCCAAUGGCUACCGCGUUAAGCUAAACGAGACUAUCACGCGGAAGCGCUACGCGGAUACCCUUGAAGUCAUUGCGAAUGAGGGCGCCGACGCCUUCUACACCGGUGCCAUUGCCAACGCUACCAUUGCUGCUCUGCAGAAGGCCAACGGCACCAUGACGUUGGAGGAUCUCAAGAACUACACAGUCGCCAUCAGAGAGCCCGCCCAAAUCUCUUACAGAGGGUAUAAGCUUACCGCUUGCAACGCGCCCUCCGGUGGGAUCGUCGCUCUGAGUGCCCUAAACAUCGUCAGCGGAUACGAGGGUUUCGGUGACCCCGCCUCUAGGAACACCACCGUCCACCGACUUGAUGAGGCCAUGCGCUUUGCUUACGGCCAGCGCACAAAGCUGGGUGACCCGUCGUUUGUGGACGGCCUGCCGGCAUACACCAAAAGCAUGAUAUCCCCCGAGACUGGCGCCGAGGUCCGCUCCAAGAUCUCCGACUUCCAGACCCAGAACGUGUCAUACUACAACCCCGAGGGCAUCGAGUCACUUGAGACGCCGGGAACUUCGCACAUCGCCGUGGCUGACGCCAGCGGCAUGGCCAUCUCCCUGACUACUACCGUCAACCUCAUCUUCGGAUCGCAGCUUAUGGUCCCCGAGACUGGUGUCAUUAUGAACGACGAGAUGAACGACUUCAGCAUUCCCGGCUCUAGCAACGCUUUCGGGUACAUCCCAAGCCCCGCCAACUACGUCCGCCCCGGCAAGAGACCCCUUUCGUCCAUCUCGCCUGUCAUCGUCGAGCAGCCCGACGGCAAGCUGUACCUCGUCAUUGGCUCUGCUGGAGGCAGCCGCAUCAUCACCGCGACCAUCCAGAACAUUCACAAUGUUCUGGACAGAAACUUGACGACGGCGGAGGCGUUGGCUGAACCCCGCUUCCACGACCAGCUGAGCCCUAACACUGCCGCUUUCGAGUACGCCUACGACAACGCCACUACCAGCUACCUCACGACCCUCGGCACAAACGUUACCUGGGUUGCGCCUGGCGGUAGUACGGCACAGGGUGUGAGGCUGUUGCCGAACGGCACUUUUGAGGCCGCCGGUGAGCCGAGACAGAAGAACUCGGGAGGAUAUGCUGUGUAA